AGCGUCUUCGGGGCUAUGCUUUAAGUGGUGCACGCUUUAUCAGCCAGUUUGACUUGCGGACUCCUCCACGCCGAGAGUGCGGGAUCAAUCUGCGACUUUGUCUAUUUUCACUACAUCACAAAGAGGCUUAAAAGGUAGGAUAUUUUCUUUUUAAGUAUCUGCAUGUUAUAACCAGUGUUGUUUUUUCUCGAGUACUCCGUGGAUAGUUUUAAAAAUUGUUCAGCACGAGAGGGAGGCGGGGUCGCCUGCAUGAGUUUCUUUGUUCGUUUUCCUCUAACCAGCAUUUAUUGGUUGUUUUCAAACAUUUUAACGUUGGAAAUCUCAAUAAUUUGGAUUUUCUCACCUAGUUUUGUUGUUAAAUUGCAAUAUUUCAAAUACAUGCGUUUUGGUUUCCUGGAUUUGAAAGAAAGCGUGGAAAUGUUGGUGGUUGUUUUUGCAAAAUGAUGAAAAAUGCAAUCAAAGAGAAAUCACACACGGCAGAUUGCAAAUCAGGGGACUGGCACGUUUUGUUAAGUGCAUUUUCAGUGUUGUUUUAACACGUCCAGAUUUAUUUAAACUAUAGUAAACAAGUGAAGGGAGACAGGCAUUGAAGAGUAAGCAAAGAAGAAUCAAGCAAAGAAAUGCUUAAAAUGUCCAUAUUGCACGUUCAAACCGCCCUCUAUAUGUGCACACACGGUGUAAUCCUGACUCUGCGUAGCACAUGCUGUACAUUCAACACGGGAUGUGUGUUAAGAACAUCAUGUACCAUAACUCCCCAACGGGAAAGCUAUACGCUCAACCAGUUGUGUGAUCUCUGGCACAUUUGAGACACUUUAUCUUUUGCCUUUCUUUUGCUUGAAUAACUUCAAAUAGUUUCAUAUUCAUUAAUUUAGGAGAAAAGCAACAAAAUUCAGAUUUGUAACUGCAACUGUAAUGUUAUGUAAUCUUGAGCUCAAAGUGUUUGUAUUUACACACUGGGGGGAAAAAAACAGGUAUUUAAUUAGUUGGAAUAAUUUGUUGUUUUAAUCUUUCCAGAUUUAUCAUGGGAAACAGGCUGAGCAGAAGGCGAGAUGCCCCGGCCGUCAGUGCUGAAGCUGCUGCCCCCGAACAGAAGACUGCAGAGGAGCCAGCAGCCGCACCACCAGCAGCAGCAGCAGAAGCGGUGGAGGACUCUGGGUUAACGCAAACUCAGGAGGCUGUUGACGUACAGAAUCUGGAGGUGGUUGUUGGGGAGGUGGUGACACCAGUGGCAUGUUUACCAUCUGAACCGUGUGUGGCAGUUAGUCAGGAGGUGGAGGCUCCCGCUGCCCCUGAACCAGAGCCUGCAGCAAAGGAAACCCCAGCCCCAGUCCAACCCGAGCCUCCUGUCCCAGUCAGCGAACCAUCACCUCCAGAACCAGAACCAGAAUCUGUUGCCGAGCCAGAGCCAGUCCCCGCAGCUCAGGUUGCCCCAGAGCCAGCUCCAGAGCCCAUUCCUGAACCAGAACCUGUUUCUGAGCCCGAGCCUAUCUCAGUCCCAGAGCCAGAAGUUGAGGCAAUUCCUGAGCCACUUCCUGAGUCAAGCCCAGCCCCAGUUGAGGAUCUGAUUACUCAAGAGCCUCUCCCAGAGCCAAUGCUUCCUUCACCACCUCUGAUAGACCUGGGUUUCCCUGAUGCUACUCCUGAACUGGUCGACAUCCCUUCCAUCCCCGAACUUGUUCCUGCAGAUGAGCCCUCAGACGUCCCGGUUGUCGAGGAGUGCCAAGACGACAUUGCAUUCCCCGCGAUUCCAACAUUGGAGCCUGAAAAGCAAGAGGAAAAUUGCGAAUUUGUGGUGAAGCAGAUUGAGGUUGAUGCUGAGGAUGACUUGCAGAAGCUUGUGAGUGAUGUCAACAUGGAAAGCGUUAAUGGACUCCUAAAGAACUUGGAGCUGAAAGGAAAUGACCUUCUCACUGAUCUCAUUCCGACCGAUGUCAAGAUCUCAGAUGACAGUCUCAUCACAAACAUGAGCACCUCCACCGAGCUGAUGUGAAUCCACAGAGGAGAAAAAUCUGAAAGAAGUGAAUGGAUGUUUUCUGUGAAAUCCUCUCAACCCUGAUAUGAAGUCUGAAAGAAUCACAGACACAAUGUUUGAUUUACUUACAUCUUAAGGGGCAUAAUCAAGGCAAAACUGGCUUUUUUUUCUGUCAAUGAUCAUGUGCCAAAUGAACUAUGGAUCAAACUGGCGUCUUGAUACACAAAAUUACGUAUUGACACACUCUAUGUUUUUGAUACAUUUAUAAAGCCACCAGGUGUCUGGGUGAGGGGUAAAGGAGCUCAAACAACACAGGAGACGUGUGAACUUGAGUUUAUCGUUGGACAUCAGAGAUUUUUCUCUAUGCAAAUUCACUAAUCAAGAUUUUAAAUGUUUUUCUUUUUUCAUUGCUAAUUAAAACCCGGUAUAAGAAUAGUGUGUAAAAUGAAAUUUAAAACCUCUUUAAGGUGUUUAUGGGAAUGCACAGCACUCAUAAGUUAAUGCAAAAUGACAGGCAAGGGACAGUAGCAAUGCAGAGAUGGAGACAGUUUGUGCAGACUGCUAUUUAGCAAAAAAAAUAAAUAAAUAAAAUUUAAAAAAAAAACAAGGGUCCAAUAAGCAUUUACUCUUUAACAUACUUAUGUUGGAUUCUUGCAGUAUUCCUCUAACAGGUGUGAUCACCACUUAAUUGUUAUUUCAAUACAAUGAGAUGGUGUUUUUUUUUUUAACCCAAGUUGUGGCUUGCUUGUGAAAAUAAAGAUAUUAUUCCACGUGUUUUGGUCGUGUUUUGUUUUUAGUUUUUACUGAACGAGAAGAUGAUAGAAGUAAAGGGAGAGGUUAGCUCUGUAUUUUGCAUUCACUAGCUGUGAGGCUAUAAAGCUUAAUUAGAUAAAUGCUCAUUUCUAUACUUAUAAUGUGAUAUGCUGUAUAAUUUAGAAAGCCUGGAAAAAUGCAAGGCAUGCGUUUGUUGUUGCACAGAAUGGAGCGGCUGGUGCUUUCACCAUUAUGUGGCAUGUUCGACAACACACCAGUAUACAUGUAUAGAACACAGUGUACAUAUGGAAAUCAGAUUCCAGCCAACACAGCACAGAGCAUGUAUGAAAGACAGUCUCACAGUCUUGUGGGAGAGAGGAUGAGAGGGGAGGGGGGAGAAGCAGAAGGGGGAGAGACGAAGCCACAUUCUUUCCAAAGGAAGACGGUUUUCGGGGGGCCUGGGUCAAAAGUCUUUAGUGUGACUGCAUUUCAGUCCAUGAGAAAUCUGCUCCUCACAUGCCUCUCCCACCACACUCCCCCCCCUGUCCUCACUGCAUUGCUAUCCAGACAUCUUGACUGAGUAGUCAGUAGAAUGGUAUGAGGGGCCAUUUCUGCUUUUGUGGAAAUAAAACGUUAAUAGUUUUUGUCGUUUCAACAGUGAAACAUCACUGAGAAAAGGAAAAACUCUACACUCAUCACUGAGAUGUACAGCAUACAGCUGGUCUGAUAAACUUCGUGACACAAAGUAAAGUCAAAACAUCAUUGUGCACCACUUGUGUCAUAAUCGUAUUAAACCCCACUCCCAAUGUUGUCUUGUUCAGCCACACCUAGCUUUAAAGCCCUAUUAGCCUCGGGGUAUGGCGAGUGGUUAAGUCCCAUACUUCUGGCAACACACUGAUGAGUCUCAGUGGAGUGGGAGAGGCUCCCUUCAGACAGUGAUCUAGCUGUUGGAGAGAUGCAGUAAGCAGAGAAAGAGCUGCUUCUAGAUUCAUGCUGAGAAAAGAUAAGCAGCAUGAUUUGUACUAUUUGUGAUUCCUGUCAUACCAGAGACUCUCAGCACAAUAAACAGAUAGUCUCUACUUUUCUUGUUGAUGUGCACUGAUGGUGAGAUGUUCAGAGUGGCCCAUGCAUGAUAUGGAGUUCUUGAUGGUCAAACUAGAGGCAGGAUAGUGUUUUUUUUUACCCUACUAAAGAAAUGUUGUCACUCAA